AGUUGUCUUCCAUGGGCACUCUUUCUUGGAAAACCCAUCACCCCCAUCUCUUCCUUUAUAUACCCAUCUCCCAUAUAUCUCUCUCCCCAACAAACAUACCCUAAUUCUCUCUUUCAUCUCCCAAAUCAUCAAUGGCUUCUUCUCAGCAAAACGCACAAGCAAAUUUCCAAGACUUGCUGCCCACCAUGGCCGACAAGCUCGGCGGGGACGGUUUGAUCGGCGAGCUCUGUAAUGGGUUCAAUCUUCUGAUGGAUCCCGCCAAAGGGGUCAUCACCUUCGAUAGCCUCAAGAGGAACUCGGCCCUGCUGGGCUUGCAGGACCUGGGCGACGACGAUCUACGGUCUAUGUUGCAGGAAGGCGAUUUCGACGGCGAUGGGGCGCUAAAUCAGAUGGAGUUUUGCGUGUUGAUGUUUAGAUUGAGUCCCGAGCUUAUGGAGGAGUCUCGUCUCUGGCUGGACGAUGCUCUUCAAUACGAGUUUAAGCAUUGCUGAUGGAGAUUUCUUCAGGAUUAAUUCAAUGUUUCUGGGGUUUUUCUUGAUUUCUUUUUCCGGUGAUUAUUGUUGUUGUUAUUGGAUUAAGGAAGGAAAAAAUAUACAGAAAUGAAAUUGACAUUUGACUCAUUGUUUCAGAUCA